CACAAGUGGAGCUCGCGACCGCGUUUCUGAGGACCCUUCCCCGCCAUGGGGCUGACUAAGCAGUACCUGCGCUACGCCGCCAGCGCCGUGUUCGGCGUGAUCGGCGGCCAGAAGGCCAACAUAGCGUACGUCACGCUGCGCGGCGGAGAGCGCGGGCGCCACGUCGCCGUGGCCGCGUGCGAACACGUGUUCAUCUGGGACGUCCGCAAGGGAGAGAAGGUCAUGAUCCUGCCGGGCCAGAAGCACGAGGUCACCUUCAUCUGCCCGUCGCCGGACGGCGUCCACGUCGCCGUGGGUUACGAGGACGGCGCCGUGCGCGUGUUCAGCGUGCUGAGCGGCGAGAGCGCCGUGUCCUUCAACGGCCACAAGUCGGCCGUCAGCGCCAUGCGCUACGACGCCCUGGGCGCUCGGCUCGCCACCGGCUCCAGGGACACGGACGUGAUCGUGUGGGACAUCAUCAACGAGUCGGGUCUCUACCGGCUCCGAGGACACAAGGACGUCAUCACCCAGGCUCUGUUCCUCAAGGACAGGAACCUGCUGGUCACCAGCUCCAAGGACAGCUUCGUGAAGUGGUGGGACCUGGACACGCAGCACUGCUUCAAGACCAUGGUGGGCCACCGCAGCGAGGUGUGGGGCAUGGUGCUGCUGAACCAGGAGAACAGGCUGCUGACGGGCUCUGCAGACAGUGAGCUCAGAGCCUGGGACAUCACCUACCUGCAGGAGGAGAAAGCUGAAGGAGAACCCAAAGUGAAGAAAGAGAAAACUCUGCUGGGUGAAGACGAGGAGGAAGACGAUAAGGAGGAUGAUGAAAGUCCAGAGGAGCGGAUCUUGAGCUGUAAGAAAGCCGGUUCCAUCCUGAGAGAAGCCCGAGACCGAGUGGUGUCGCUGGCCGCGGACGCCAAGGCCCGGGUCCUCGCCUGCCACGGCAACGACUCGGUCCUGGAGCUCUUCUCCGUGCUGCCGGAGGAGGAGGUGAAGAAGAGGAGGGCCAAGAAGAUGAAGAAGGCCCUGAAGAAGGCAGCCAAGGCUAAGAAGGCGGCGUCAGAGGGGGCGGAGCCUAUGGAGGAGGCGGAGCCUGUCGUGGAGCGGACGCUGCAGGACGAGAUCAUCCGACUGACCACCAUCAAAGCCUCGGCCAAGAUCAGGUGGGUGGACUGCCUGUCGUGCGCGAGCGGCGAGCUGAAGGUGGCGCUGCUCCUGCAGAACAACACGUUGGAGACCUACAGCCUGAAGCCCUCGGGCCCGGGCGCCGGCGCCCCCGACGCCAACAAGACGUCGCGCCUCACGCUCGCCGGCCACCGCACCGACGUGCGCACGCUGAGCUUCAGCUCCGACAACCUCGCCGUGCUCUCCGCCUCCGGCGACACGGCGAAGGUCUGGAACCGGUCCACGCUGCAGGUGGUCCGCACCAUGGCGUGCGAGUACGCCCUGUGCUCGCUGUUCGUGCCCGGAGACCGGCAGAUCAUCCUGGGGACCAAGAGCGGGAAGCUGCAGAUCUUCGAGCUCGCCUCCGGGAGCCUCCUGGAGACGGUGGACGCCCACAAAGGAUCCCUGUGGUCCCUGUGCCUCGCCCCGGACCAGAGGGGGAUCGUCACAGGAAGUGCAGACAAGACGGUGAAGUUCUGGGACUUCGAGCUGAUCAAAGACGAAACCACCGGACAGAAGAGGCUGAUGGUGAAGCACAUGCGCACCCUGCAGCUGGAGGAGGACAUCCUGUGUGUGAAGUUCUCUCCGGACCACCGGCUGCUGGCCGUCUCCCUGCUGGACUGCACCGUCAAGGUGUUCUACACGGACUCCCUGAAGUUCUUCUUGUCGCUGUACGGACACAAGCUGCCGGUUCUCUGCCUGGACAUCUCACACGACAGCACGCUGAUCGCCACCGGCUCCGCCGACCGGAACGUGAAGAUCUGGGGUUUGGACUUCGGCGACUGUCACCGCUCCAUGUUUGCUCACGACGACAGCGUCAUGUUCCUCCAGUUCGUCCCCAAGACUCACCUGUUCUUCACAGCGGGGAAGGACAAGAAGAUCAAACAGUGGGACGCCGACAAGUUCGAGCACAUCCAGACGCUCGAGGGCCAUCACCGCGAGGUCUGGUGUCUCGCCAUCAGCCCGAGCGGCGACCACAUCGUGUCGGCGUCGCACGACAAAUCCCUCCGCCUGUGGGAGAGGACGAGGGAGCCCAUCAUCCUGGAGGAGGAGCGUGAGACGGAACGAGAAGCCGAGUUUGAGGAGAGCAUCGGCAAAGAAGACGCUCCCGUGGUUCCUGGAGAGACGCCAGGAGAAGCGGCGCCGGCCUCCAAGAAGACCGUAGAGACGGUGAAAGCUGCCGAGCGCAUCAUGGAGGCUCUGGAGCUCUACAAAGAGGAGGACCAGAAGAUGGAGGAGCACAAAUACGCCAGCAUGACGGCAGUGAACAAGCUUCCUCCUCCCCGGCCGAACCCCAUCCUCGCCGCGCUGGGGAACAUCUCACCGGCGCGCUACGUCCUGGACGUCAUAAAGAAGGUCCGGUCCAGUGAGCUGGAGGUGUCCCUGCUGGUGCUGCCGUUCCCCUACGUGCCCCAGCUGCUGAGGCUGUUCAACGGCUACAUGCAGCUCGGCCUGGAGGUGGAGCUGGUGUGCCGCUGCCUGUUCUUCCUCCUCAAGAUCCACUUCGGGCCGAUCUCCAGUAACCAGAUGCUGCUGUCGGUGGUGGACGAGCUGCGGAGCCACACGGUGGCGAAGGUGCAGCAGAUCAGAGACGUGAUGGGCUUCAACAGCGCGGCGCUCCAGUUCCUCCAGCGAGAGAUCGAGAGCAAAGAGGACGUGAUGUUCUUCGCCGACGCCACGGGCCACGUGGCUGCGAAGAAGAGGAAGAGGAGGAAGAGGGAGCGCGCCAUCCUGACCAUCGCUUGAGCUCACAGAGGACGCCAUGUUGGAUCCCAGAGGAGGUCCAUAGGGGGACGAGAGGAGGUCCAGAGGAGGUCCAUAGGGGGACGAGAGGAGGUUCAGAGGAGGUCCAGAGGGGGUCCAGAGGUCGACAGGGGGAGCGGAGGGGGUCCAGAGGAGG